AUUAAAAAAAAUUACUACGUACUUAACAUUCUUUUUAUUAAGCUCAACCUCCACGAUUUGACUUUCGCUAGUUUAACUAUCACAAUUCAUAUCUAAUAUACAACCGACAUGGCUGUGGAAAGGUUACGUGUUAUGCUUAGUAUCAUAUUCAAAUAAUUUCGACACAUGCAUUACGUAUUAUUGCUGAGUUAGUAAAAUACGUUUACCGUAAACUUUAUUUGGAAAUACGAAGUCGUGGAAUAGAAAACGAGGAUGACUGAAGUGACCGAGAAGGCCGAUCCUGCCCAAGAGAUCGAACUUAGCAAGAAACGGGAAGCCAACUGGCCAGCAGUACUGAUCCUUAUACACGUCCAUCUUCUAUCGCUGUACGGAUUGUGGUUGCUAUUAUAUGAUGUAAAAUGGUUUACCGUAUUUCUCUUGAUAUCCCUCUGCUUCAUGGCAACACUCGGAAUGACAACAGGAGCGCAUCGCCUCUGGGCACAUCGCUCUUACAAAGCACAUAUUAGUCUUCGCAUAAUGCUUAUGCUAUUUCAAACUUUAGCUGGAGUGGGUUCUAUAUACGACUGGGUUCAGCAACAUAGAUUCCACCAUGCACACUUCGCCACAAGCAAUGAUCCCUACGACAACAACAAAGGAUUUCUCUACGCGCAAAUCAUUACACGCAUGAGAAAGCUGAGUCCACAUCAGGAAAAACUAAAACAAUCUAUCGACAUGUCGGACUUGGAGAAUGAUUCGGUUGUUAUGUUCCAAAAGAAGAUAUACUGGUUGCUAUAUAUCAUACUUUUUUUGCUGCUGCCUCUGAACGCACCUCUAGAGUACUGGGACGAUUCUGUGCUCAGCGCAGUUUUCGUUAUUGGAUUCCUGCGAUACUUCAUAGUACUUCAUGCUGCGUGGCUAAUAGAAAGUGCUAUUUGUGUUUGGGGUCUAAAACCUGGACAAAAAUCUCCACCAGAUUCCAACUCGGUAUUCAUAAUAUCAAUGAGUUUUUGGCCACAAUAUCACUACCUGAUCCCCUACGACUACAAAUCAGGCGAAUAUGGAACUUAUGAUUCUGGUUGCUCAUCGGCUUUUAUCCGCGUAUGGGCUGCUCUUGGAUUAGCUACUGAUCUCCGCACCGUAGAAAGCAAAACCAUCCAAAGAGCGUUAGCCAAUGUAGCAAAAACAAAACGGUCCCUUCAAACAUGUCUUGAGGAGGCCCUUAAAGAGCAAUGCCUUCCUGAUCAACAUUACUUGAGAAGAGGAUAGAAAAUAUUACUAAUUUUAAUAUUAUAUCUAACCGUAAAUAUCUUUAGUUAAACUUACAUUACACUAAUAGACGUUAUUUAUUAAAAUAUGAAAUGUGUGUCGAAAUAAUGUAUUUAAAAUAUUAUUUUUACCAGAAUUAAAAAUACUACAUAAAACAAGCCGACUAUUUUAUGCUGCCGCAAAGGGACCUGACGAGGUCACGAUCAUCAAUGAUCA